GGAGGGGCAGGGACGGGGGAGAGGAGGAAGCCCGGAGGGAAUUCCUGCCGGAAGUUCGCGGUCCUGCGGUGGCCGAGGAGCGUGGGGAUGUAGCGCGACCUCGGCCUGCAGAAGGGGCUGGAAGACCUCGUCUCGGUAAAGAGAACCCUAAGCGUGGGUUUCGCCUCUGCCGCGGAGACCCCGCACCCAGGUGGCUCUUGUACGGGGCCGGCACGUGGCCGGCACGACGAGCGCCCCCUCGGCCCGGGGUGCUGCCGGGCGCGACCUGGAGCCAGAGCGGGUGCAGAACUGGGGCGAGGGGCGGUGUAGGGUGGAACUGGCCCUGGCUCCGUUCCCCGGAAGAAGUCCUGUUUGGGGUGUAGGGCACAGCAUGUAAACAGCCCUUUGGACUCCCUGCGUCCCUGAGGCAGGUGCCCGUGCAGCCUGCUGCUCAUUGCCUGCGCAGAGCUCGGGAGCUCGCUGUCCCCUCACUUCCCCUUCCAGGCCUUUCCCUGCCCUCCCACCCGUCCACUUCCACGUUUUAGUUACUUAGAAUCAAGAUGUCAUGCCUCUUCUCGGAGGAGCUGGGUUGCACAGGAUGUUCAGACUUCGCAAAACCGAAGCAGUGAAUCCCUAGGGGAGAAAUUUCAGACCAGUGGGGAGAUAUAUAGGGGAAAGGGCAAGGAGCAUAUCAUAAAGUGGGAGUAGGUGGGGUUUCCACAGAAUCGGGGAGAGGCCCUGUUGGCACUGACCAUUAAGAUACAGGUGCAGCCAGUUUGGCUUCAGGGCUUUGUGACUCUGAGCUUGGAGGGACUCACAGGUCCAAGAGAUCAGAUCUUAGGCUCUUGGGAUGCUUUGAUUCAGAUCUGCUCCCUAGUAGCAAAUCACCUCAGAUCAUUGGAGAAAUAAAGCUAAGGGAGAUCAGAACAUAUGGGAGAAAGUAGGCUCAUUAUCUUGCCCCAGGACUCCAGAUUGAAUUACUUAUAUAUACUCAGGAUCUAAACUUUGCUUCCAGAAUUGUUACGGAGGAGUGAAUAGAAAUGGAGACCUGAAGGCAGGGUAAUCAAAAAGUUCUUAGCCUCCUUAUUUAGUCACAAGCCUCUUUAUGAAUCAGAUGAAAAUUUAGUCCCCUCUCCUUCAGAAAAAUGUCCACAAACACAAAUAAAAGUUUGCCUACGAUCCCAAGAGGUUCAUGAAGACCAUUCAUAGGCUUCAUACAUCAUCUCUGAAUUCUCGAUCUAACCUAGUCCCCUUCUUCACAGAUAAGAAAACAAACCCAGAGAGAGGAAGGGACUUGUCCAAGAUCACACAGUUCAGGAGAAGGGAUUAACACUCAAGGUUUCUGAUUUCCAGUCAAAUGGUCCUUAUAAUGGGUAUUUCUCACAGGCUACUCAAACUGCAUUGCUAAACUAUAUUCAGUGGCCCCAAAAUACUUUCAAUAAAGAGAUUUCUAGCAAAGGAGACCUUUUCACAUCGGUGGGGUUGAAUGGGACAUGGAUAGGUGGCAAAAUUGUGCACAUUAAUGGGAGUUUUUGAGUGUUUUGUUUUAAUAUGCCCCCUACUCUCCUUGCAAAGUAGCCAGACCAUUGUGAUUUCAGAAUGUAAAUCGUAGGCUUACUAAAUUUUGGCAAGUAGAACAAAAAUCCCUUAACUUCAUCUUUUGCUUUUCUUCCCACUUGCUCAAGUAUUUCUGUGUUCUUUGUGCCUGCAAAUACCCGAUGUUGGAAGGAUUGAUGGAGAAGACAUUAUUUCAGUUUUCAUGGUGAGCAGUAAACCCAGGAAAGCCCCUUGGUAAUGUCCAGGGCUCCAGGAAGAGAUGUCUGUGUGGCUGGAGGCCCCUGUGCCUGAUGUCUCUCCCGACUCUGCAGUGGAGCUGUGGGAGCCCGAUGCGCAGGACGCAAGCAGCCAGCCUCCGGGAAGCAGCUGCAGCCUUCGGGAGGAGCCCAGCCCACCCCGGGCCGCUGGGGGCCCUUCAGGGCUGGGGCUGGAGGCAGCAGAGCCCACAGCCCUGCUCCUCGGGGCGGAGGCCCCUCCAGAGUCCACAGAACAUUCCCUGUAUCCAGAGCUUCGUCCACAAAAGCGGAAAAAGGGGCCAGCCCCCAAAAUGCUGGGGAACGAGCUAUGCAGUGUGUGUGGGGACAAGGCCUCUGGCUUCCACUACAACGUGCUGAGCUGUGAGGGCUGCAAGGGAUUCUUCCGCCGCAGUGUCAUCAAAGGGGCACGCUACGUCUGCCACAGUGGGGGCCACUGUCCCAUGGACACCUACAUGCGUCGCAAGUGCCAGGAGUGCCGCCUUCGCAAAUGCCGCCAGGCCGGCAUGCGGGAAGAGUGUGUCCUGUCAGAAGAACAGAUCCGUCUGAAGAAACUGAAGCGGCAAGAGGAGGAACAGGCUCAGGCCACAUCCGUGCCCCCAAGGGCUUCCUCACCACCACAAGUCCUGCCCCAGCUCAGCCCGGAGCAGCUGGGCAUGAUCGAGAAGCUGGUGGCCGCCCAGCAGCAGUGUAACAGACGUUCCUUCUCGGACCAGCUUCGAGUCACGCCUUGGCCCAUGGCACCAGAUCCCCAGAGCCGGGAGGCCCGUCAGCAACGCUUUGCCCACUUCACCGAGCUGGCCAUCAUCUCUGUGCAGGAGAUUGUUGAUUUUGCCAAACAGCUGCCGGGCUUCCUGCAGCUCAGCCGAGAGGACCAGAUCGCCCUCCUGAAGACCUCUGCGAUUGAGGUGAUGCUUCUGGAGACAUCUCGGAGGUACAACCCUGGAAGUGAGAGUAUCACCUUCCUCAAGGAUUUCAGUUAUAAUCGGGAAGACUUUGCCAAAGCAGGGCUGCAGGUGGAGUUCAUCAACCCCAUCUUCGAGUUCUCCAGAGCCAUGAAUGAGCUGCAACUAAAUGAUGCUGAGUUUGCCUUGCUCAUUGCCAUCAGCAUCUUCUCUGCAGACCGGCCCAACGUGCAGGACCAGCUCCAGGUAGAGAGGCUGCAACACACAUAUGUGGAGGCCCUGCAUGCCUACGUCUCCAUCCACCACCCCCAUGACCGCCUGAUGUUCCCACGGAUGCUGAUGAAGCUGGUGAGCCUCCGCACGCUGAGCAGCGUCCACUCGGAGCAAGUGUUUGCACUGCGCCUGCAGGAUAAAAAGCUCCCCCCGCUGCUCUCCGAGAUCUGGGAUGUGCACGAGUGACCGCCCCUCCCCGUUAUCUUCUGUUUUCUGGGCCCGAUGGCUGAGGCCCGGGCCUGCCGCCCGGAGGUGGAGCCGACCGAGGAGGACACACAUUCCCGAGGGCUGGGCGGGGGAGAUCCUCCCGUGGCAUUAAAGGAGAGUCGAAGGGCUGGGA